CCCAGGUGGUUGGUGGCGGAACUGCACCCCUUGUGCUGCGCUGCGCUUUACGGCGCUUUCGCGACGGUGCAGGGCGGUGUUGUUGCUUUACGGCAGCGCGGAGGUGCUGCUUUACGGCAGCGCGACGGGCUAGGCCGCGACAUCCGCCGGGAUGAAGCAGAAAAGGAAAAGCGGGAAAGGAGAUCUCAGCCAGGCCGAGCUGAUGGUGAUGACCAUCACUGACAUCAUCCAGCAGCUCCUGCAGGCUCACCAGCAGGGCACACAUGUGGAUCUCAACAAGCUGAAGACCAAAACCUCGGCCAAGUACGGGCUGAAGGCGCAGCCCCGGCUCGUCGACAUCAUCGCGGCCGUGCCUCCGCAAUUCCGGAAGGUUCUGCUCCCAAAACUCAAGGCCAAGCCCAUCAGGACUGCCAGCGGGAUCGCCGUGGUGGCCGUGAUGUGCAAACCCCACCGCUGUCCCCACAUCAACUUCACGGGCAACAUCUGUGUCUACUGCCCGGGGGGCCCCGACUCGGAUUUUGAAUAUUCCUCCCAAUCCUACACAGGAUUCGAGCCCACCUCCAUGAGAGCCAUCCGGGCUCGGUACGAUCCCUACCUCCAGACCAGGCACAGAGUGGAGCAGCUGAAGCAGCUGGGGCACAGCGUGGACAAGGUGGAAUUCAUUGUGAUGGGGGGAACGUUCAUGGCUUUACCUGAGGAUUACAGAGAUUAUUUCAUCAGGAGCCUGCACGACGCCCUGUCGGGUCACACCUCCGGCAGCGUGCCCGAGGCCCUCAGGUACUCGGAGCGGAGCCUCACCAGGUGCGUGGGGAUCACCAUCGAGACGCGGCCGGAUUUCUGCCUGCGGCCUCACCUCAGCUCCAUGCUCUCCUACGGAUGCACCCGCCUGGAGAUCGGCGUCCAGAGCGUCUACGAGGACGUGGCCAGGGACACCAACAGGGGUCACACUGUCCGGGCUGUCUGUGAGUCCUUCCACCUGGCCAAGGAUUCGGGAUUUAAGGUGGUUGCCCACAUGAUGCCAGACUUGCCCAACGUGGGGCUGGAGAGGGACAUGGAGCAGUUCUUUGAGUUUUUUGAGAACCCCGCGUUCCGUCCCGACGGGAUGAAGCUCUAUCCCACGCUGGUGAUCCGCGGCACAGGGCUCUACGAGCUCUGGAAAACCGGGAGAUACCGGAGUUACCCCCCCAGCACCCUGGUGGAUCUGGUGGCCAGGAUCCUGGCCCUGGUGCCACCGUGGACACGAGUCUACCGCGUCCAGAGGGAUAUCCCGAUGCCUCUGGUGAGCUCCGGGGUGGAACACGGGAACCUGAGGGAGCUCGCCCUGGCCAGGAUGAAGGAUUUGGGGACACAGUGCCGCGACGUGAGGACGAGAGAGGUCGGAAUUCAGGAAAUCCACCACAAAGUGAGGCCGUACCAGGUGGAGUUGAUCCGUCGGGAUUACGUGGCCAACGGGGGCUGGGAGACGUUCCUGUCCUACGAGGAUCCCGAGCAGGACAUCCUGGUGGGGCUCCUGCGCCUACGGAAGUGCUCUCCCGAAUCUUUCCGGCCGGAGCUCAAGGGCGGCGUCUCCAUCGUCCGGGAAUUGCACGUCUACGGCAGCGUGGUGCCCGUCAGCACCCGUGAUCCCUCCAAAUUCCAGCACCAGGGAUUUGGAAUGUUGCUGAUGGAGGAGGCGGAAAGGAUCGCCAAGGAGGAGCACGGGGCACGGAAAAUCGCCGUGAUUUCAGGUGUCGGCACCAGGAAUUACUACAGGAAGAUCGGCUACGAGCUGGAAGGGCCUUACAUGGUGAAAAGGCUGGAAUGAUGCUCCUGGAGAGCCUUACCCUGGAAGAACGGGAAGGACACAACGUUCAUCCCGGGAAUAACGCUCAUCCCGGGAGCAAAACCCAGGAUUUGCUUCUGCCUGAGCCCACGGCCGCAAAGAGCUCCAGAAUUGGACCCAAUGAUCCCCGUGGUCCCUCGCAAUUCCAAGAUUUUAUGAAACAGGGCAUUGUUUCCUGUGGGAAGGGCAGCCCUGGGAUCAUCCCCAUCCCCCCCAGAGAGGCUGGGGACAUUCCAGGUGUUGCGUCACCUCUGUUAAUCCUGCCGUGUCCUGGGGAUGAGGCUCCAAUGGUUGUGUUUGAGGGAUGGAAUUCCAGGAUUUGGGGAUCCUUUGGAGUGGCCGGGUUCGGGGAAAACGCCUCUUUUC